AUGCCCAAGCCCUUCCCAGUGCCGGAGGAGAAGGCAGAGCCGCGGCCGGCGGCACAGCGCCUGGCACCCGUCUUGCUGCCAGAGCUGGACCGGGAGCCGCAGCUGUGCCGGGCCCUGUUUGACUACACCCCGGAGCUGCCGGACGAGCUGCCGCUGCGGCGGGGAGAUGUCAUCCAGGUCCUCACCAAGCGGACAGAGGUUGAGGGCUGGUGGGACGGGCAGUGCCGGCACCAGAGAGGGCUCUUCCCCAACAACUUCGUGGAGCUCCUGCCGGCGCCGGUGCCCACGUUGAAGCCGGCGACGCCGCCAUCCUGGGACACGGAGUCCGGUGAGUCUGGCCCCAGCGGCCAUCCGGCCCCGGGGGCUUCGGUGUCCCGCCAGGACGGCCGGGCAGCCCCGCGGCCGGGUGCAAGCGAGGAGCCGAUUUCCUCCGGCGUCACGUGCGCGGUGUGGGGCUGUGGCAGCCAGGGGAGCCUGGCACGGCAUCGCACCACACGGCCUCGUGGGCAGCCCCGCACCAGCAGGCUCGGUGGCCCCCAGCCCUGCGCCUCGGCCGACACGGAACAGGGCAGAGCCGGCGACCCAGACGCUGAUGGCUUCAACGCGGUGCCGGUCACCACAGCCAAGCUGAGCCACCCCACUGCCACGCGGCCCCGGGUACCCGGCCAGCGGCCCCCCAGCCUUGCCCUGGGGAUUGUGGGGGGUCCCCACGCCGGGCCCUGUACCCCUCUCCCCGGCGCGGGGCAGGCGCCCGCUCCGCCAUGGAGCACGGAGGUGCCAACGGCACCGCGGCCGGAGGAGAGGCUGGCCCUGGAGGACCUGAAGGCUGAGGUCCGGUCCCUGCACAUCCUCGUGGACCUGAUGCGAGUCCAGCACCUGCGGGACCUGGAGGACAUGCGGCUGGAGAUGUGCCAGGAGCGGGCCAAGCGCCAGGCGCUGCAGACCGCAUCCUAG